AUGGUAAUCGAUCAAGUUAUCCAAUGUUUGAAUACUAUGUAUUCGGGAGCAUCCCAGGAAUCUAAGAAGCAAGCAAUGGAUUUUUUGGAGAAUUUUCAAAAGUCUAACGAGUCAUGGAUGAUAACAAAUGAAUAUUUAAAUAGUAAUUUUGGUAACAAUGAUAAUAUUCAAAUCAAAUUAUUUUUGAGUCAAACUUUAAGAAAUAAGUUGACUUAUGACUUAAAUCAAUUGAAUGAUAACAAUUUGACUGAAUUAAGAAACAUGAUCUUGCAAUUAAUUUUGAAUUAUUCUGGUAAUAAUAAUAAAUUAAUCAGAAUUCAAUUAAAUAUUUGUUUGUCUCAAUUGAUAUUACAGGAUUUGAAUUGGUUAGAUCCUUUGAAUGACUUAAUUGACUUCUUCACCAAGAAUAACAUGCUUCCGAAUUUGUUUGAAUUCUUGAAGAUUUUACCUGAAGAAUUAAAUGAUAUUAAUAAGACCUUUUUAAACGAUGAGGAAUUCACCCAUAGAACCAAUUCCAUCGUUAAUGAUAACAACAUAUCAAGAAUAUUCACAAUCUUUGACAACUCCAUAAAUGGUAAUGAAUUACUCAUCCUCGAUUGUCUUAAUAACUGGAUAAAAGAAUUACCCAUCGAAAAGUUUUUGUCAAUUGAAAGUUUGACCAACUUGAUUUUUAAUUCUUUGAACAACGAAGCAUUAUUCGAAAAGUCAGUUGAAUGUUUGAUUACUAUCAUAAGAGAAACGAGAGAUAUCGAAAACCAUCAAAUCAUAAAUGCAAUUUUGGGUAAAUUACUUGAUUUGCAUACUUCAAUCAAAGUUGAUGAGGAUAAUUUCGAACUUCUUGCUAGAUUAUACCUUGAAAGUUGUGAAAGUUGGCAUGUUUUGAUCGCAAAGAACCCCGAAAGUUUCUACAAAUUAGUGGAAAUCUUGUUGAGCUAUCUUAAUUUGGAUGAGAACUUGAAUAUCAUUCAUUAUUCAUUUUAUUUUUGGUAUUUAUUGAAACAGUUAAUCAUUCUUCCAAAUUUCAAGAAUUCAAGAAUCAUUUUCACCCCAAUCUACGAAAACUUGAUUAAAAUCAUAAUGAAACAUUUGACCUACCCAAUCUCAUCUGAUGAAGACGAGAAUAAUAACGAAGAUCACGAUUUAUUCGAUGGUGACAAAGAACAAGAAGACAAGUUCAAAGAGUUCAGAUACGAAAUGGCGGAUGUUUUGAAAGAAGCAACCGUCGUUGUUGGUCCUUACAGAGCUUUAAGUAUACCAUUCGAGAAUAUCAAGACUAUCCAACUGGGCGGUUCGAAUUUGAAAUGGCAAAAUAUUGAAAGUUCAUUAUUCACUAUGAGAUCUAUGGCAAAAGAGAUUCCUAAAACCGAAAAUAAAAUACUCCCUAAUAUUAUGAAAUUUUUGAUUGAGUUACCGGAAAUACCAAAAAUUCGUUACAGUGCAACACUUGUCCUUGGAAGGUAUACUGAAUGGACGAAUAUGAAUCCUGAAUAUUUGGAGAUUCAACUAAACUACAUAAUCAAAGGAUUCGAACUCACAUUCAAUCCAAAUGAUACCAAGAGCAUUUCAAUGGCAUCAACCAGCGCUUUGAUGUACUUUUGUCAAGAUUGUUCUAAAUUGAUGAUAAAAUAUUUAGAACAAUUGUAUAUCUUGUACAAUCAAAUAUCGGGUAAGGUCGAUUUCAAAUCAAAUUCCGAAGUCAUAAAUGGUAUCAGUCACAUUUUAAUAAAUUUCAAUGAAGAUGAUCCAAAAUUAUCAGAAUUCUUGCAAGUCUUUUUGAAACCAAUAUUCAACAACUUAGAAAAUUUAUACGAGUCAACUGAUUCUGAAAAUAUUGGGGAAAACUUUGACUUAAUUACUAUCAUCAUAAAAAUCUUGAAAAUAAGAGAUUACAACGUACAAGAUAACAAAGUUGUAGGAAUAUUUAACAAUUACAUCUUGCCAUUGAUCAAUAAAUUUUUGACCAAGUUCAUCGACAAUUUGAAUGUCAAUGAAAAGAUCUUGAAGUUAAUUAAGACUUCCGUCGAAUCUUUCAAUAUCUAUCUAUUGAAUAAUUUGAAGAAUUUGAUCGAUUUGUUAUUACAAGGUUUCAAAUUCAAUAAUUUUGGGUGUUAUCUUUACGUCAGUGGUUCAAUUUUGAGAGAGUUCAGUGAUCCAGAACACUUUGAACUCUCUUUGAUCAAUGAAGUAUUCAAAUUUGGGGUGGAACAAUGUUUGAACUUUUUCAAGAUUUUAUCCACGAAAGAUGCAAAAUCAAUCAAUGAAAUACCUGAUGUUAUCGAAGACUUCUUCAGAAUGUUGGACGAUUUAUUGAUGUAUUAUCCGAACCAAUUUUUUGAUAUUGAUGAGACCAUUAUCAUCAAUCCUUCCAUUGAAUCAUCCGUCUUAUUAUUCGAUAACUUUGAAAGUUUCGAAGGUACCAUAUCAGUCAUCCAUUACUUGAUCGAUUUGGUAAGUUGGGGAUCGAAUAACAUUCCUGUCUCUUUUGUGGAAAUCAAUGAUCAUAACUCCAUUAAAAGUAAAAUCAUUAAUUUGAUUGGUUCCAAAGGUGAUGUGCUUUUGAACAACUUGAUCAGAAAUUUGAUCUUCAAAUUCAAUAACUUCAAUAACGAUACUAUCACUUACGAAUUAAAUGAUUUGAUUUUGAAAUUUAUCGUUCUAAGUCCACCAGACAAGAUUGUUAAUUGGUUAAUGAAAAUCUUGACCGAUUUACCGAAUAACGAUAAUAAACAAUUAAAUAAAUUCAACAAUAUCAUCAAUACGGCUAUCAAUAACAAAGACCAAAAGAGAAUCAGGAGUUGCUUGAAAGAUUACAUCGGGUGGUAUACUAGGAAAAACAUUAAAGCAAGAACAACCACCAUUUAA